CUGAUCUACCAUCGCAGCUCUUGUCAGAAACAUCAGUGAGUCUUUGAAAGCGGUGUUCUCCUCAGCGUGAAGUCACACAGUCAGGCUGCCAGAUCAGGAGGAAACGUCACUGAGACUCACGGACGUGUGUGCACGAUGCUGUUUCCCGGCCAGGCUCUGACCUUCACCUUGAUCAUUUUACUUUGCAGUUCGGUGAGAUGUCAGAAUACUGUGGAAAGUAAACGGACAGUGACAGAGCACCAGCUGCUGCAUGACAAGGGGAGGACCAUGGAGCAGCUCAAGCGGCUGAUGUGGCUGAACAACGCGAUGAGUGGGGUCCACACUGCCAGCAGGAGGCGCUGGCCCAGUGCAGGACUGCUCUCUGCCAAGCGGGCCCAGCAGGCAGAGUGCAGUAGCCCAGGGAGACUGAACACAGGCUUCCACCCUGCAACCAAUGUCUAGCCUAGUCUCCUGGAACAUUCCAUGAGCCAGGAUGUCUGAACAAAGUGCCAUUCAUUUUGACAGAAUGACGCACUGCCAUCCCAGCAGUUUGUCUGCACCUUGUCCUUAGCUUUGUGUUCGGCUCCAGUCUGGGACGGAUUCCUAUGUGUUCUGUUGGCUGCAAUACUACCCUGUGUAAAAUGCCACAAU